GCGCCCCGCGUCGUCCUCCCCCGCCACACUCCUUUCACUCAACGGCCCCUCUAGGACACCGUUCUCCGCGAGCCCCGCCGGAGUACAGUUCUCGCGGACAUGGAGGCCCGGGAGGAGGCUGAAUGGGUAGCAAUUGCCAAUAAACUUCUUUUGAAAUGUCACAUUUGCCUGAGGAUAGAGUCUCUUUCAGAGUGUGAUGCAAAUGUGUUUAUUACUCUUUAUCAUUCUAUCUUGGGAGAAGUAGUGCCAGACCUAAUAACUGUCCCUAAGAACCAAGAAGACCAUGCACACAAUGUACAAGCAAUUAUUGAUUCACUGGCUUUGGAUUACUUGCAGGUCAGCUUGUCCCACAUCACAGGAGAAAAUGUUGUUAGAGGAAAUAAGGAAUCUAUUAAAAAUCUCUUGGAAAUAUUUGAUGGAUUGUUGGAGUACCUUACAGAAUAUAGUGAGGCAUCCUCUCAGGAAAAAGUUGAAACUGACCGAGUAGCUAAAGAAUCAAUUCAAGGUAUAUUUUCAAGAGAAUUGGAAGAAAAAAUUGGAGAGACCAAACCAGCACAGGCCAUGACAUCAUUUGGAAGGUCUUCCCAAUCUUCUGAGUUUUUUGUUCCAUUUUGGGAAGUAGAUGGAUCAGAGUCCACUGGUGAAUUGAUUAGACUUGGGGAUACAGCUUAUACAUUUUCUUUAAGGAAAGUUGGUGUUGAAGAAUCACAGAAUGAAAGAGAUUCAAUCUUCCAAGGAUCCAAGGCUGAGGAAGAUCUUGUGAAAUCUACCUCAUGUUAUUCUAAUUACAUAAUAGAUAGUAAAUUAGCUGCAUCUGAUGAGUCUACAGAAAUUUCUUCCAAGAGUCUGACUCCAAAUGCUAAAAAAUUGGGCGAGCCCAUUCGUUCAGCUAUUCCUUUGCAGCCACCAUAUCAACCUCUUGAGCCUCCAGCACCUUUCCCUAUGGGAAAAGAAUACUAUCAUUCUUCAGCUAUAAAUGUUAAUGAAAAGCAUGAAAGACCUAAAUUUACAGAAUUGUUUGAUCCAUUUUCAGAAAGGAUUCAGAGUCCUAACUCAGAUCUACUUCACGAGCCCUACCUCAAAUCUGGCAAUGAGGAGCCACCAAAAGAUCCUGGUGUUGGAGAUACGCCAACAUCAGAAACAAGUACACAAGAUCAAAACUGCAGCAUGAAGUGCCUCAAUAGCAUUGAGAAACUUUCCCCAACUUCUCACCUGUCUGAAGAAAUUAAGCUGUCAGUGUCCCAGUCUCACUUAUCCAGUCCUAGGAUACAAAGACUUUUUAAAGGAAGAAGCAGAACAGAAAACUGUGAUCUACUCACUGAUGAGCUACCUCUGAACCAGAGACCAAGUUACAGAUUGACUGAGCAAGAAUUGUACUCAAUGUCUGAGAAACUCUCUCACCAACUAGAAGAAUUAGAUUUAAUGUUAAGAAAUGCCCUGAGUUCAAAAACUAGAGGCAAAGAAGAGAUUAAAGAUGAUGAUGAUGUAUCUUUUCUGUGCAGUGACACUAUCAACGAACAGCUAAAGAAGUCUUACCCAGGGCUAUCUACAAGAGGCAGACAGUUCCAAGUGGGGAAAUUACGAAGACAAAAACAGAAUGAAUCAGAUCUACGACGAUUUCGAGCAAAGGUGUUAGCCGAUACAUUUGAAAAGCAGUUGCAUAGAAGUGAAAUUCAAGAAGGAAGUGAACUUCCAGUGCCAAAUGAAGACCAGGAAAUAACAGAACAAGAAUACAAAGAAAAUAUCCAGAAAAGACCUUCAAAAACUUAUCAACCUGUGAAAGUUUAUUCUAAAAAAACCAUACCUUGGAAUCUCAAACACAGUCAGUGGGUUCCAAGAAGGAACAUCGCAAAGGCAAAGAAAGGAGUUCCAUUGAAAAUAAAGGAUGACAAUCUUUUGCCCUUGCUUCUGGAAGAAUUUCCAUACCUUCACAUUUCUGGCCAAACACUUGGGAAAAUGUGGAAACAACAGCUCUUUCAAACUGAACAGCUGAGAAAGAUGGCAUCUGGAGUGGAACAAUCAAAGAAGAAAUUCCAAUUUAAAAUUGAAGAAGCAUUAAGAAGACAUGAUCUCCUUGCUGAAAUUGUUAAGAAAGAACAUGAACAUAAUAAGAGACUGCAAGAUUUUAAGGAACGCAUGUGUAGGCAGAAGGCAACUCAGAUGAAAAUAAAAGAGAGACGACAGCAAAUCAUUCGAGCCAAAAAAUAUUAUGAGGACUAUAGAGUUCAGUUACAUGCAAAAAUGAUGCGAGCACGGACACGUGAAGAAAUGAUAUUUAAGAACCUCUUCAGAGAAGGUUUAGAAAUUCAAAAGUUAAGAUUACAAGAACUGAGAAAUUAUGCUAAAGAUAAGCGGGAAGAACAAAAGAAACUGCAUGAGAAUGAACUGCAAUCAUUGGAAAACUAUUAUAAGGAUCAGUUUGAAAUGCUAGCAGAAGCUGUAUCACAGGAACGACAAGAAAUCAAAAUGAGAGAGAAAGCUCAAACAAAGACAUUACAUAAGAUGAAAAGGGAAUUGAGAUCCAAGAUGGAGCAAGAAAUUCAGCAAUUGCAGGCCAUGAUAAUUAAAAAUGAUGAUGAUCUCUUCUUUCGGGAAGUGGAAGCUGAACGCCUUAAAGCUCACCUUCAGAUGGCUUCAUUUCAGUACAGCAAAGGUCAUUUCCUUUAAAAUGAAAGAGCCAACUCUAGAAUAAGUUUUUAUUUUACUUGAAAAAAAUUUGUGUGUGUGUAUGUGUGUGUUUCCUAGAGCAUGAUAAAUGAUGAGAAUGAUUGAAACAAAGAUUACACAUUUGUGUGUAAUCAAUUUUUAAAGAACCUUAAAACACUGAAUGUAACUCUUUUUAUAUUUUAGGCAUUUCUAAUAAAAAAAAUUUUUUUAAUGUUC